GAACGUGGAGUGCCUGCGCCCAUGGCUGGCGCGGUGCUGGCACCGAGCGCGGGCUGGGUGCCGACGCCCAUGACGGGUGGGGUGCCAGCGCCGAGUGCAGGCAUGGAGCUGACGCUGAGGGCAGGCAUGGUGCCGGACAGAACGGAUUCGACAGUGGAGUCCAUGGUCGUCAGGGAGAGGAAGGCAGGGGCACCGCCAAGAGGACAGCGCGCGGGGAGGGGAGGACGUGGCACGAUGGAGUCAUGACACGUUUAGGGUAGAGGGGAGCGGAAGGAAAGUCCCGGGUCAGAUUGAUUCAGGUCUCAUGAUACCAUGUAGAGAGAUAGGAUUGAGGAAAACACCACACAAACUAAUGAGGGGGUGGCCUUUAAUAUAUAGCCAAUGUAGCCUGGUAUACAAGGAAUACAAUCAAAUAUACAUGGUAAGCAUAAAUCAGCUAUACAAUCUCUAAUAGUUAUUGUGUAUUGACAGUGAUAUCUUUAAGUUAUCAGAUAUUCAUCGCCCAUGGCCCUGUACUACUUCGGGCUACGGGACACAGCUGCCUCAUAUGCUGUGAUCUUCGCAAGUAUGACUCCCCUCGUUACUUUCGUCCUGUCCAUACUGCUUGGGUAAACACCAUUCUCCUCUAAUAUAAAACGCUUACCAUACAACCUUGUCCUUGAAUAAGUUUGAAUUAACAGAUUUGCCAAAUUUUGUCAGCCAAUGAAAUAUGUGAUCACCAUAUACUGUUAUCUUACAACUUACAAGCUUCACACGCACAUGUUUUUUUUUCCCCUAAACCUAAUAAUCAUUCUUGUUGAGUUGAAAUUAUACCACUUUAAGCAUCUAGAAAUGCACCCCUGUCAAAGUGAAUUUCAUCAGUAUGUAUAUGCCUUCUGCAGCAUGGAGAAACUGCGCCUCAGGUCCAAAGAGGGCAGUUCAAAGGUUACUGGAGUAAUGGUUUGCUUUGGUGGGGCUCUACUGAUAAGUCUCUACAAAGGAAAAGUUCUGCUGCUCUGGCAUGCAAUUGUAAGAGCAGGCCAUAAGGAUUCCAAUGGAGCUGCUGGUCAACACCAUUUGAGAGGCACCUUGCUUUUGUUGGGUAACUGCAUAUGCUAUGCAUGUUGGUACCCCAUACAGGUGAAAGUUCUAGGCGUAUACCCAUGGAAACAUUGGUCUUCAGUGGUGACCUGUUUUUUCGGAGGUCUGCAAACAUUUGCCAUAGGAAUAAUCAUGAGAAGGGACAAAGUUGCCUGGCAAAUAGGAUGGAAUUUUCAACUACUCACCAUUGUCUACUCAGCUGCGCUUGGCACAGCAGCCAAGUAUUGGCUGAAUCUGUAUGCUGUGGAAAAACGAGGCCCUGUGUACCCACCAAUGUUCAGCACAUUAUCUGCAGUGUUCAUCAUAAUUCUAGGAACACUAUUACUAGGAGAGAGCCUCACUGCUGGGAGCUUGUUGGGCAGUUUCCUGGUUUUGAGCGGCCUUUAUAUAUACAUCUAUGGAAAGGCCAAGGAACCACAAGCGAAGACUACGUCAGGAUCAAGGGACAAGGAGCUUCAGGUGUAGCCUAUGCGUGGUUCAACGAGUGAAGAUACAACAUCUGGUCCUUGAUAUGGCGAGACUGACUGUGGGUGUCAGAUCUGGUCAAUAAGGGGAAAGUAUUCUAGAAGACUGAUUAAAACCAUAUGUGCAUAGUGGUUUCCUAGCGAUGAAGAAAUGAUGUAUGGCAGAUCUAUAUCGUCCAACUAUAGCUAUGAUACAGUACCAACUAAUGCAAGCACUAAGGUAACUUGUGCUAAAAAUAUAUGCGCCUACCACUCUACAUUCAAAAUCCACCACAACUUCCACGCUCAUCUGAACUGUCCCCUACAACAGAUGUAUAAUUGAUUUCCAUGUUCUGAAAGUUGGGUAUGGAUCUCUAGGGUGUCCUCCAUCAUGUACCCCCUUAGUUUGGGGCUUUGGGCCAAGCCUGCGUGCUUUUUUCUCAUAAUCAUAGCCUACUCUUGGCAUGAAAAAUACCUAGCCACCAGCUUUCCCCCUGCAUCACCCUAUCCGACUACCCCAUCACUCCCCCACACCGUCCCUCGCCAACCUCUCUGUCCCAGCUGCUGCCCCCCAUCUCCUCCUCUACUGCUGACACCAGGAUUAGACACGACGACGAGAACUGCUCCCUUUCUUGUGCCACCCAUACUAUGCUGUUUGCAUAAACAACCUUCCUUAGCUAUUGAACCCACGCAAAACUUCAGGGAAAACAUCAAAGACCGGUAAGGGAUAUCAUUAGAUUGAUAUGAAGGUCCUAGUUAUGU